AUGCUUGGUUACCGGGUGUUGGGCAUUCUCUUCCUUAUUCAAAUUGGAGUUGGAAUUCUUGGGAAUUUCUUUCUCUUGGGCCUACACAUCCUCACUUUACUCACUGACCACAGGCUAAGGCCCAUAGAGUGCAUUUUUGCCCACUUAGCUUUGGCCAACUCAGAAGUCCUUCUCUCCAAGGGAAUCCCUCAUACAAUUGUCUCUUUAGGUACCAAAAAUUUAUUGGAUCAUAUUGGGUGUAAACUUAUUCUUUAUCUUCAAAAUGUGUCCCAGAGUGUUUCUCUCAGCAUCACCUGCCUCUUGAGUGGUUUUCAGGUCAUCACCAUCAGUCCCAAUAAUUCCAGGUGGGCAGGACUUAAAAUCAAAGCCUCGAAGUGCAUUGUCCCUUCCUGUUUCCUCUGCUGGUGCUACUACCUGCUGAUGAAUUUCACUUUCCUUGGGAUUAUGCAUACUUCAAGGUAUAGGACUAAUAAUACAAAGACAUGGCAGCUGGGAUAUUGUUCAGUUUUAACUCCUGCCUCUCUUAAUGCUGCACUUACUGCAAUUGUCUUUUCUGUGCCUGAUGUUAUGUGUGUGGGAUUCAUGAUCUGUUCCAGUGUCUACUUAGUGCUUCUCCUGCACAGACACCAUCAGCAAGUCCAACAUAUUCACAAUUCUCAUCUCUCUACUAGAACUUUCCCUGAGAAAAGAGCCACCCAUACUGUUCGCCUACUAGUAAUCACCUAUGUCUUCUUUUAUGCCAUUAAUUCUAUCUUGUCAAUUUACCAAUUAAAAAACAACAAACAAGAGACCUGGCUUGUGACUGCCUCAGACCUCCUAGCUGCAUGGUUCCCAGCCAUCAGCCCUUUUGUGCUGAUCUUCUUUGACUCCCAAGUCCUCAAAUACUGGUAUGCUCUGUGGCAUAGGAGACAAUUUCUCCUAUGCCACACUGUCCUCAACCAUACUCAUUCCCAGAAUUCUGCCCUAACACUAUAA